CGGAGGAAAUCGGUCAUCAGGCACCGGCGAACCGGCGAUGUCGGCGGCGGUGCGUUGCAAGGAGGAGAAAGAGGAGAAGGACCGGAAGCCGGUGAUCAAGCCUGGCGUGCACGUGACGCUCAAGGUGCAGGACACGGACGGGCGGUCGGUGUACCACACGAUGCGGCGCACGGAGAAGCUGCAGGGCCUCAUGGACUUCUACUACGCCCGCGUGGCGCCCGCGGUGGCCUACGGCACGGGCCGGUUCCUCUACGACGGCGGGAGGCUGGGCGGGGCGCAGACGCCGGAGGAGCUCGAGAUGGAGGACGGCGACGAGGUCGACUUCUUCUCCGAGCUGCUCGGCGGCGCAGCCGGACGGGUUCCGGGGCCGAUGGACGCGUAG